AAGAACAAAAUCAUCUUUCAAAAAAUGCAUCCAAAUUUAUUCUUACUAAACUCAAACCUAAAUUUAUAUUUGCGGGGCAUGAUCAUGAAGGGUGUGAUAUAACUCAUGUAAUACACAAACAAAACAAUGAUAAUCAUUCGUUUGAAGCUUACAGGACAUCGGAUUUUGAAAUGAGAAAGGAUGAACUUAUUGGGCAAUAUGACAGUGAAAAAAUUUGGAUUGUUAGAGAAAUUACGGUUAGAUCUGUAAUGGGUGGAUAUGAGGGUAAUGCUGGUUUAUUUGAAAUUAAAAGUAUGAUUGGAAAAGAUGGAAAAAAAGUAUUUUGGAUGUAUUUAAAACGGUAA